AUUCCAGAGCCAUCGGCCGUUGCCGUUUGCAAACCCUCGCCACCGCCCAUCCAACCAUCCCCAUCCUCGUCAUCGCUGCUUCGCUCCCGACGGCGCGCCGCCUGCUCCAUUCGCCGCCCGCGCCCGCGGCUCCGCACUAGCCUCAGCUUCUCCAGGUUAGGCUUUGAUUCGUCCGCCACCCAGCGCCAGACCAGAUCUGGCCCUAUCGCCUCGUCACAGCCACGAGCCACCUCGCUGGAGAUGGCAACCGCCGCCGCACGCGGAAGGGCGGCGCGGUGACCAUGCCUAUAGGAAGACGAAGCAGGAGUCCAGACGGACUCGCUGACUUCCCCGACGAGAUCCUGCAGGAGAUCCUGGUCCGCCUCCCGGCGAAGUCCGUCCUCCGCUGCCGCGCCGUCUGCCGUUUGUGGCGCCGCCUCACCACUGACCCCGCCUUCCUCGUCGCGCACCACCGCCACCAGCCCACGCUCCAUCUCAUCCGCUCGUAUGGGACCGACGGCGACAACUACUCCCCGCACUGCCUCGACGCCAUCCACCUCCAGAAAGCAGAGCGUCAGCCGGUGUUAUGGCCCAGACGCUGCAGCAUCGAUGCCUCCUGCGACGGCCUUGUGGUCACCGGUGACUACAUCUGCAACCCAGCCACACGCCAGUGGGCGCCCCUAGGCCACCGGAAGGUAUAUUUUGACAAGGUCAUUGGCCUCUACCGGCAUCAACCCUCCGGAGAGUACCGGGUGCUGUUCUGGACAGAGUCAAGCAUCCCUUCUGCAGAUUACUGCCCAAAUGAUUAUUGUGUCCACACGGUGGGCUCCGAGAAGCCGAGGCGCGUCAGUUGCUCAAUAACACUGGUCGAUGAGGAGCUGAGAGCUGGCUUAAGUGGGUCGGGUCCAGACAUCCGUGGCGCAUCAGUACACCUCCACGGAAACCUGCACGUUCACUGGAAGAAGCAAUGCAUUGUCCACUACCACAGGAUCUUGGUGUUCGACACGGUGGCUGAGUUGUUCAGGCAGAUGCGCCCCCCUGCUGUGAACCCCCGUGAUAUUAUGCGGUUGUUUGACAUGGAUGGCAUGCUUGCUGCAUCGUGCAGCAAGGAUGCCAUGAUGGGGAUGAGAAUCUUUGCGCUGCAGGACUACAAAAUCGAAAUCUGGUCAUUCCAGUACCGGAUCAAGCUGCCAGAGAUGGAGAUCCGGCAAUUCCAGGAACAAGGAGAUUGGUUUGCCAAGAUCGUGUCUGAGGAGGGUGACCUGCUUGUCAUCUGCUUUGGCUGGCUCUUGCACUGUGACAGAAUGGGCAAUUUGCUGGCCAAGUUCCAGUAUGAUGAUGAUCUACCUGUGUUGAUCCCUUAUAGGCUCAAAGAAAGCCUUAUUCAGCAUACAUUUUUUCAAAAGAAGCAGAACAAGACACCUUCUUCAUUUAUGCCAUGUUAAAUGGUGGUUCCAGAGAUCGUCCAUGAUACGUGCUUGCCGCAUUUUGGACUUCCAAAGGAUAUAACAUGUUUUUAGAAUGGUACGUAGUAGAAUGAAGUACAUCUGAAUUGCACCUUUAUUAGUGGAAGUAGCAUGUGUGAUAGUUCAACUGAUGCUAAUGUUGAACUGACUUACGACGACAAGGCUUUUGUCAGUGUGUUCCAUCCUCCAGUUAUAUGAUGCUCUAAAUACUUCCCUAAAGUUGUGACAGAGUGACUAUUGCUAUCUUAUCUAUCAUCAGGUUGUUUUGACGUGUGACAGAAAACAAACGUCAUCUUAUAUUUAUUUUGAAGUUUUUUUAGGGAUGUAUUUGAUUUGAAGUAUGUAACAGGUGUCCAUAACUUCCAUCGCUAUGGUUGCAUAUAUGUGGAAAUCGCUGAAAUGGGAUUACCGUGGAUGGUUA